ACAGAUUGAGCGCAGUCCUCAUAGAGGAAUAAACAUGAGCGUUCACUGAGCGUUUCUCCUUCAGUCUUUAGUCUGCCAUUCAAGUCAAGGCCAUUCAGUUGGCUUUAUUUUAUCCAGAUUCUCGUCUACGCGUGUACUGCAAGCUGUCUAAUCUGGAGGAGGACGGGGAGACUAGCAUGGCCAUGACGGGAGGCAUGGCAGCACCACUCCCCAUGAGCAACCACACUCGUGAGCGAGUGACGGUGGCCAAACUCACGUUGGAGCACUUCUACAGCACCCUGCUCACCCAGCAUGAGGAGAGGGAGAUGAGGCAGAAGAAGCUGGAGAAGGUGAUGGAUGAGGAGGGUUUACCUGAUGAAGAGAAGAGUAUGAGGCGCUCUCUGCACGCUCGUAAGGAGACUGAGUUUCUGCGGCUCAAGAGGACGCGCCUGGGUCUCGAUGACUUUGAGUCCCUCAAAGUGAUCGGGAGAGGAGCUUUUGGAGAGGUGCGCCUGGUUCAGAAAAAGGACACGGGUCACAUUUAUGCCAUGAAGAUCCUCAGGAAAGCAGAUAUGUUAGAGAAAGAGCAGGUGGCUCAUAUCCGGGCCGAGAGAGAUAUCCUGGUAGAGGCAGAUGGCGCCUGGGUAGUAAAGAUGUUCUACAGUUUUCAGGAUAAACGCAAUCUUUAUCUCAUCAUGGAGUUCCUACCUGGAGGAGAUAUGAUGACUCUGCUAAUGAAGAAAGACACUCUGUCGGAGGAGGCUACACAGUUUUAUAUUGCAGAGACCGUCCUGGCCAUUGACUCCAUUCACCAGCUGGGCUUCAUUCACAGAGACAUCAAACCUGAUAACCUACUGCUUGAUUCACGGGGCCAUGUGAAACUGUCAGACUUUGGCCUCUGCACUGGCUUGAAGAAGGCCCAUCGGACUGAGUUUUAUCGGAACCUCACACACAACCCUCCAAGUGACUUUUCUUUUCAGAACAUGAACUCAAAACGCAAGGCAGAAACAUGGAAGAAGAACCGGAGGCAACUGGCAUAUUCAACCGUUGGCACACCAGAUUACAUCGCCCCUGAGGUUUUCCUGCAGACAGGCUACAACAAACUGUGUGACUGGUGGUCUCUUGGAGUGAUAAUGUACGAGAUGUUGAUAGGCUACCCACCCUUCUGUUCUGAGACGCCACAGGAAACCUACAGGAAAGUCAUGAACUGGCGAGAAACACUGACCUUCCCCCCUGAGGUCCCUAUUUCAGAGAGAUCCAAGGACCUGAUCCUUAGGUACUGCACAGAUGCAGAAAACAGGAUUGGAUCAGGAAGUGUGGAUGAAAUCAAAUCUCACCCUUUCUUUGAGUCAGUGGACUGGGAGCACAUCAGAGAAAGACCUGCUGCUAUUUCCAUUGACAUCAAGAGCAUUGAUGAUACGUCCAACUUUGAUGACUUUCCAGAGUCAGACAUUCUACAGCCAGUGACAAAUGUGACAGAACCAGAUUUUAAGUCAAAAGACUGGGUUUUCCUCAACUACUCCUACAAACGGUUUGAGGGACUUACUCAGCGUGGAACCAUCCCUAUCUACAUGAAGGCGGGCAAGGCAUGAAACCGGGAGUGAUGUUAGCCUACAUGGAAGUAGCUUGGAACUUAAAAGACAAUUUAAAUGCAAAUGUCGGCCUCUUGCUUCUUUCAGAGAUUCUCUCUCUGUUCCCAUGAGCUCAUAUGCAUAGAAGUUUAUGCACUGCCGUUUUGUGCUACAUAGUAGACCUGUUCUCAGAGGAGUCCCUACCCAAACACAUGGAGAGUAUUUUUUGUCCAGCUGCUCGGCUAAAAGGAGACAUGAAGGUUGUCCAAAUGCUUUUCAACACUGGAUCACAGGGUCACAAAUAAAAAAGGGAAGCAGAUACAUCAUUGAAGCCUUACGUUCACAUUACAGAGGGUGUACAUUUUAUCCUCAAACCUCUUAGGUGACAACUGCAAUAAAGUUGAGUUCUCUCAGUCACUGUUUAGCUUCUUUCCCCCAAGAACUUGAGAACCUGUGUAAUGCUAAAUGGAGUAUGUACAGUACAUUGUUAAAAUAUUAGCACAUAAUUAACUACCUGAUGCUGAAUAGUUUGUUUUUGUUCAGUUGUUUUGUUGUAUGAUUACAGCCUACCUUAAAAGAUACUUGAAUGAAGCAGACCAGAUGAAGAAUUGUGGUUCCUCUUUAAAUCAGUGCCAGUUAGUAGCCGAUCCUCCCUUUAUCUGUUCCCGUGCAUUUCACACAGAGAACUAGUUGGUUAAUUUUUUUUUCUCUCUCUGUUUGUUUGAUUGUGAGUUUUGCUUAAAUAUGGAACCAUUUUUAAUUUUUUUUUUAAACAAAAACAUUUAGCUUCAGUGGUAUUUGAGGAAAGAUUAAUGUUAAAAGCUGUUUUGCUUCUUUGAAGGGCAGUUAAGGUUUUGUUUGGGUGUUAAAUUAAAUAUGUUAAUUUGCGAGAACAUUUUAGCAUAUUGUCAACAACGCGAACCAAUUUGCUGGACCUGAUUGACAAAGUUUCUACAGUACAAUUUUUAUUUUAUUUUUUUACAGAACAUAAUGCUGGUGCAUGCAUAUCGAUGGAAAACACUAAUUUAGUGAUUAAACUUCCAGUAUAGAUAAUAAAAAUAAAAAUAAAAUAAAGUAAAAGUGAUAAUAAAAAGGUGGUAGUUGGUGAAGUAUUGGCAUUAUUAUUUAUGGAGGAUAAGAAAUCAUAUUCAGUGACAUCACAUGAAACUCACUGAAUAAUUAGUCACCCACAAUUUAACAUCUCAUUCAAGCUGUCUUAACUGUUGAAGAUAUUUGGUCCCUGGACAUCUGCUGUUGUGCAUGGCUACAAUUUACUGCCCUGAUAGGCUAAAAAGAGAACAAAUGCCAACCUUAGCAAAUGUUGCUAAGAGGAAUUUGUAAUGUGUAAAAGAUUGGUGCUGGGGGUUUUACUUAUUAAUAUGCGUAAGUCUAUUCAUCUUUGCUGUUUGUUAUCUGUUGACUUGAUGUAAGUGUAAAAAUUAAAAGCAGGAAAUAAAUGUU